CGCACUUUGUCCUUGCGCACUCCGCACUCAGCUCACUUGGUUCCUCAGGCUGUUAGUCUGCUCCUCACAGAGGCACCAUGCCGAGUCCCGUGCGCUCAUCCUGCGCUUUCAUCAUCGCUUUUCUUCUGCUCUCCGGAUGCCACUGCGAUGAUAGAAAACUCAUGGUCUUCCUCAUCGACGGUUUCCGCUAUGACUACAUAGACGAUCUACAGAACCUGCCGGGGUUUAAAGAAAUUGUGUACAACGGCGUCAAAGUGGAUUACAUGACCCCGGACUUUCCAAGUCUGUCCUACCCCAAUUAUUACUCCCUCAUGACCGGUCGCCAUUGUGAUGUGCACCAAAUGACGGGGAAUUAUAUGUGGGAUCAGGACACGUCAGAGGAAUUUCUAAUUGGAACCAAUCCAGGCAGCCGCUUACCAAUGUGGUGGGACGGCUCUGAACCCCUCUGGGUAACACUGCAGAAACUACGCAAGAAAGUCUACAUGUACUACUGGCCAGGUUGUGAAGUGCAGAUUCUUGGUGUAAAUCCCACAUUCUGUGAGAAAUAUGUUUCCAGUCCUUCUCUGAAGAAUCUAAAUGAUGCCAUAGAGAAUGGUCUCAAUGUGCUAAAGAAUGAUAUGGCAGAUAUGGUAGCUGUGUAUUAUGAGAACAUUGAUGUGGAAGGGCACCACUUUGGUCCUGGGUCGGAACAGGUGCGGACUGCUAUCCACUCACUGGACACGGCAUUCCAGACUUUAAACUACAAGAUCAAGGAGAAAGACUUGGAUGAUGAUCUGAAUGUCAUCAUAUUCUCUGACCAUGGGAUGACUGACAUCAAGUGGAUGGAUAAGAUUAUUGAACUGGAGGCUUAUAUAAACAUGUCCAAUAUCAUAAAGAUGAUGGACAGAGGCCCAGUUGUCAGUCUGUGGCCUAAACCAGCAAUGCUUGAAGAGAUAUAUACAGCAUUGCAGGCAGCACAGAACAUGAAGGUGUAUCGGACACAUGACAUCCCAGAUCGCUAUCACUAUAAGAGUGGGAAAUUUGUCUCACCAUUAACACUUGUUGCUGACCCUGGAUGGUUCAUCACUGAGAACAAAGCUGAGCUGCCUUACUGGCAGAAUGGUACAGGAGAGCCCCAGGGCUGGCAGCACGGUUGGCAUGGCUAUGACAAUGAGUUCCUGGACAUGAGGGGCUUUCUUCUGGCUCAGGGACCAGCCUUCAAGAAGAAUUUCCGAGCAGGCCCGAUCAGAUCAGUGGAUGUGUAUAAUUUAAUGUGCAACACCCUUGCCAUCAAUCCCCUUCCCAACAAUGGCUCCUGGUCUCGAGUGCAGUUUAUGCUGACGAGCUCUGCUUAUGCUGUACAGCCUGUGCUGCUUUACAGCUGUGUGCUGGCAAUCCUGGUGAUGCUACUGUCUGCUCGGAUUUAGAAACAACACACACAUCUUCCUUCUGCAGAACUGCACUAGGGCUUAAAUCAGUGCUGUUUAAAGGCCAUUUGAUGGUCAACUGAUGAUCUCGGAACUAUAUAUAUAAUUAUUGCUAUGUUUCAGUACACUAUAUCAGAAAAUGUGGGACACAAAAAACUAGAAACCUCAGUUAUGUAGCCAAAUAUAGCUAAAAUGGCAGAGAUGAAAUGCUGUUUAGGUUGAUAAAGGAUGAUCCAACUCUUGGCACAUACACAAUGAAUUAAAGCAUGUCUAAGGUCAGAUACUUGCUUGGCAUUAUGAAAGAACAGUCUUUCAUUGUUUUAUGAUUUGCUUCACUAUGACACAAUGACAGAUACUUUUAAUUCUAUUACACUAAUUUACCAUGCAGUCAGUGUUGUGGAUGGUUUUGUAUCCAGUCUGUUUUGGUCCUAAUGGCAGUAAAAUAAGAAUUGGUGCUUUUUUUUUCAAACUCCAAGUUUCUGCACUCUACUGAAUGUAAAGAAAUAUGUUGUAUUAAUUUUCCAGCAAGUAAAGAUCUGUUUUCUCAUCAUCACCAUUUCUGAAUAAAAUUGUAUGUGUCAGGUUUAGAAAUCAUGCAGUUUUUGAAAUAAAAGAGAUGUUUUUGUUCUA